AUGCAGAUACGCGUCUGCACUCCAGAGAACCGUGAUGUAUUGGAGACUGAGAUGUUCGAGAUCCUGACUUCGCGAGAGGUCGAGAUGGGAGGCUUGCUUGAUCAGGUUCGGAUGGAAUGUAGCCGGGCUUUGGAGAUUGCAGACAAGCGGGUCGCGCAAGUGCUGAAGCAGCGGGAGGAGGAGGAAGAGAGAAUGCGCAAGCCAAGAGAAACUUUGCAGGAGAUGGAAGAGAUGCUGGCAAGCUUUCGCCAGAGCUGCUUGGAGUUCGAGGAGCUCGGCGCAGAGGGCACGGUUUCUCCCGACCAGGUCAGCACCGCAGAAAACAGUUUCGAGGAGUUCAGUUCGAAGGCCAAAAAGUUCCGUGACGAGCUCAAGGAGUUCGUGCAGGAACACUCCAAGGACUUCCAGAAUCAGACGCUGCCGCUUGAAGUACGACAGGGCUGGCUCGAAAAGGUUCGCGCGUGUGCCACAGCCAGUAAGGAGGCCGAUGAGCUUCUCGAGAAGAGCCGCACUGCUCUGACGGAGGCAAAGAACCUCGCAAAGAAGGAGCUCCUCAAUGCAGCUAAGAUACGAUUGGAUGCGAAGCUUCAGGAGGUGCCCAAGGCUUUUGCCCAGGCCCAGCAGCUUGUAGCCGUCUGCGAGCAGAAGGCAGAGCCCUUCGUCGGCAUACCGAAGCACAAGGGUAAGGACGAGCACGAAAUGCAGUCGAUUGCCAAGGAGCUCGAUGAGAUGGUCGGCUCAGCCAGCAAUGGCGUAAGCUCUGCGAGAACAACGCUAAGCUCGCAGUCGACGGAUGUAGAAGUGGAGGACGAGAUCAAGGAGGAUAUUGCGCAGUACAUCCAGGAUCAGACCAAGCGGCUUCAGAUUCGCUUGGGCCAGCUGGACAAGAGAAUAUCUAGGGUCCGAAACCUGGUGUCCAACUACCAGAAGGAUCUCCAAAAUGAGAAGAACAGCCAGAUCAUCCGCGAGCUGAAAGCCAAAGCUUUCGACUUGAUCGAGGAUUCCAAGCUGAGUGAGAAAGCAGAGGAGGCCAGUGCUGCGGUCAAAGAUGCUGAAGGCCAGUCAGAAAAAUUCAGCAAGAUGGAGACAAUGGCAAUGUCCGAGCUGCAGGAAGAGCUGCAAAGCUUGGAGGGCAAGACUCAGGCGGCUCGGGAGAGCUUGGAUGUCGUGACCCAGAUGCUUUGCCCUGUCAAGGACGUGGAUGAAGACGUGAGGAUGACCCUCUGCAAGCAUGUGCUGUCCAAGAAAAGUAGCCUCAAGACGAAGCUGCUCUUUCUGGAGCAGCGCCUGAAGAGGAUGAAAAGCCUCGUCGAGAAGGGCCGUCUCGUGAUCAAGCAGAAAGAGGUCAGUCGCAGCAGCGAAAUCCACCUCAAAGCCUUGAAGGUGAUGGACUUAUUCCGCGAGGACCAGAGCGGCAAAGGCUUGGAAGGGCUCCCCUCGCAGGACAUUUUCGCCAUCAUGGAUGCCGAUAAGGACGGGGUCAUUGGCAAAGAUGACUUCCGCAACUUUUUCACCGAAGUCAUGGAGCUGGCCGACGAGACCAAGAGGAAAGAGUUUCCGUCCUUGGAGGAGCUGUCGGAGCUCUUUGAGCGGAGUCUCCUCGAGGGCGAGUCCGGCCUCCCUUUGAGCAUCUUCGAGCGGCUCCUGAUCCGCUACGUGCAGGUGGUGAGGCCGACGACGAUGACGCAGCACAAUGAAAUCAUGCUGGGCGAGACGGUGAGGGAGGUGAAGAUGGGCGAAAUCCUGGAGGUUCUUCAAGGGCCCGUCCUGUGUGGCCCGAUGAAGCUCCCCCGACUACUUGUUCGGGCAACCUCAGACAGUGCGCUCGGUUGGAUCACGAUGGCCGGCAAUGCGGGCUCGGUGUUCUUGAAGGAGCUGAUUCGUAGAUAG